GUUAACUAGCAUCUGCGGCUAUCACAUUUUCACAGUUUGGUCUUUCUGGUUUAUUUCUGUCCGUGUUAUCGUCUUGACGUGGAAGAUUGGACAGUAAUUAUCACAUUUGUAAGUUCCAGGUUUGAUUUGCCACCAUGUUCUUCACACGCGCUCUCCUGCGGAAAGGCAUUCCUGGGAAGCAGUGGACCGGAAAGCAUCAGCGACCCCGGCAUGUCUCGAUUCAGAUGAAGAAAAACAUUCUGAAGCACCUGGAGCGCGAGGCCGCCAACGAAUACUGGCUCAGCCGGCCGUACAUGACUAAAGAGCAGGAACUCGGCCACGCAGCAGAGCGCAGAGCCCAAAACUGGCUUCAAAUCAAGGAGUCAAAGUUACAAAAUUUCCCUGCGCACAAGUACAUGAAAGAUCACCUGAGUCACCUGCUGGUCACCAAAAGGUGGACAAAUUAAAACGAAGAAGCAUAGAUUGUCCUUUUUAAUGUAGCUGUUUUGUUGUUAAGCAGGACAUGCUAUAUAACCUGAAAAGACUGUUUAAAGUCUUCUGACCAGAUAAAAUGUUGCUCUUUUAUGAGUCUGUGUAACUAAAACUGAAUUUACUCCACAAGACUUGUCUUUAGAUUAAAAACAAAACUGCCCAACA